AUGAGUGGCAAUGAAGGGUCAACAGCCAAGGCAGCAGCAGCAUCAGCAUUGCAACCAGAAUUGUGGACCUCAUCAGCCAAUGAAGUUCUUAAGUUAUUCGUCACCGAUCCUGAAGGGGCAAUCAAUUUUUCACCAACAUUCACAUAUCCAAUCUUUGGAGAUGCAGAAACUAUUUAUGGAUACAAAGACUUGGUUAUAUUUUUAUGUUUUGAUCAUUAUACAUUCAGACCAUUUUUGAAUAUAAAAUAUAGUGAGAAAUUGGAUGAUCUGGAGAUUGUCGAUUUGAAACAAACAGUAACUAAAUUCUUACCUGAAUCUACUAUCUUCAAGGAUGAAGAGAAAUGGGUGGAUUCAAUUAAGGAAGAGAAAGAAAAUAAUUAUCAAAUUCCAGGGGAAUUGGUAAAAGGGCCAUUUGAACACGAUGGUUCAAGUUAUGAAAUUUAUAAAAUUAACCUUAAGGAAGCAGCUGGAUUAGAAUUGCACAAAAGAUUACAAAUUUUGGUGUUAUUAUACAUUGAAGCUGGUUCAUACAUUGAUGCCUCUGAUGAAUCAUGGGAUCUUUAUGUAUUAUAUGAAAAGAAUGAACCAGAACCUUCGAUUGUUGGAUUUGCAACUGCAUACAAUUAUUGGAGAUAUCCAGGAUCUGCUAAGUUUGACGAGAAUUUGAAAGAGACAAGAAUGAAAAUUUCUCAGUUUGUGAUAUUACCAAAUCAUCAAGGUAAGGGAAUAGGUGGAGCUUUUUAUUCUCAGUUAUUCGAUAAAUGGUAUGAAGAUGAUAGUAUUUAUGAAGUUGUCAUUGAGGACCCAAAUGAAGCAUUCGAUGAUAUGAGAGAUAGAGCUGACCUUACUCGUUUGAACAAAGUUCUCGAUUUUUCCAAAGUUACCCCAAGUGUUGAUUCGAAAUGGGUCGAAGAAACGCGUCACAAGUUGAAAUUAGAGAAGCGUCAAUUUGCCAGAUUAUUGGAAAUCAUUUUAUUAUAUAAAUUGAAACAUACGAAAGAAGUAUCCAAGAAGGAUGUUCGUUUAUUCAUUAAAAGAAGAUUGUACAUUAAAAAUAAAGAUGGGUUAAGUACAUUAGAUGAAAAUACUAGAAAGGAUAAAUUGCAGACUGCAUACGAAUCCCUUGAAGAAGAUUAUUAUAGAAUAUUAGGAGAUAUCAGACUAUCAGUAAAGAGAUCUGGAUCAGAAGAAGAAUCCAAUGAUGCCAAGAGGCUCAAAGUGUAA